CAGUGCGUCAUUGAGCUGUGUCCACGUGAAAUCCUAAACCCCAUAUACGCAUCAGGAGCAACCCUCUCCUUCGACGACAGACCACCUGUCAGCCGGAGCUAUCAGGAGUACGACACAAACCGAUCUGACUACCCUAUUACCCAACCGCUCUUAAAAAAGGAGGGUCUCAUCCAAUGCGCUGGAGAAGCCAAGUAUAAUGAUGAUAUCCCGACUAUAGCUGAAGAGGUGUUUGCUUCGUUUGUUAUGGCUACGAUUGCGCGGGGGGAAAUAGAGUCUGUUGACUACAGUGAUGUCCUCAAAAUUGAAGGCGUGAUUGCUGUCUUCACCUCCAAAGACAUACCAGGAAUAAAUACGAUCGGACGCGGAGACCAACCAAUUCUCCCUGAGGACGAAGAGCUCUUGGCAAGCCAUAAUAUAUUCUACUAUAACCAGCCUGUGGCUGUAGUUGUUGCUGAAACACAGGUCUUAGCAGACAAAGUGGCAUGUCUCGUAAAGGUGAACUACAAGAACAUAUCCACAAAACCGAUUAUCUUCACAAUACAAGACGCCAUCAACGCGCCUCCUCUCGAAAACAGACUAAAUUCAUACGAAGGCAUAGAGCCUAGAGAUAGAGGAGUUAACGUUCAAAGGGUGAUCAAAGGAGAGUUUUAUUCUCCGCGCCAGUACCACCACAUGAUGGAGCUUCAUACGACGGUCACCAGGCCGGUGGAUAAUGGUUACGAAGUGGAUUGUUCGUCGCAGUGGCUUGGAGUCACUCAGUCGGGGAUAGCGUUGGUGUUGAAUAUACCUUAUAAUGCUGUCAUCGUUCGUACGAGACGCUGCGGGGGUGGAUUUGGCUGCAAGAUCUCCAGGCACAUGUUCGCUGCCACGGCCACGGCCUUGGUGGCCUACAAGCUCAACAGGCCUUGCCGAAUGGCCAUGAGGAUGCCGGAUAUUAUGAGGAUUAUUGGGAAGAGACCGGAUACUAGACUUGAUUACGAGGUGGGCGUAGACGGAAACGGACAAAUCCAAUACAUGGAGGCGACCUUCUACAUCAAUGAUGGCAUGUGUUCCAACGAGAACGAGAACUCAUACGCCACCAAAUCCCUGAAGAACUGCUACAACCCAGACCGUUGGAGAGUUGAGUCGUUCGGCGCCAUUACAGAUGCGCCGACCAACUGUUUCAUGAGGGCUCCAGGAGAGUUUGAAGGCAUCUCAGCAAUUGAACAUGUCAUGGAACACAUAGCGGAUGAAUUAAAAAUAGAUCCUAUACGAGUUCGCUUCGCCAACUAUCGAAUCAAUGACAACCAACUUCCCGACUAUAUACCUAUGUUCUUAGAGAAAUCAGAUUACAAUAAGAGACUUGAGUAUAUCAAAGAAUUCAACGCCAAAAAUCGUUGGAAGAAACGAGGUUUAAGACUAAACAAUAUGGCGUUUGAAACGACAUAUUUUGGAAACUAUUCAGCGGUAGUAUCAGUUUAUCAUGGAGAUGGAAGCGUUGUUAUAAACGCAGGUGGAGUCGAGAUAGGACAAGGAAUUAAUACGAAACUAGCACAGGCGGCGGCUUUCGAGUUUAAAAUACCUGUCGAAAAGGUCGCAGUGAUAGCUUCAUACGAUUUUGCGACUCCUAAUUGCUAUUCUACAGCGUCUAGUAUAACGACUGAAUGUGUCGCUUUGUGCGUCAUCAGAUGUUGUGAGCAGAUCAACGCCAGGUUAGCCCCAGUAAGGGUUGCUAUGCCGAAGGCCACUUGGGAAGAAGUGGUGUUAGAAGCUGAUGUAAGAGGGAUACUGUUACAAGCCAAUGCAGAAACGAGUCCGAAUGAUCCGCGUUUGCAGAAUUACUCGAUUUUUGGUGUCGCUGCGGCUGAAGUGGAAGUAGACUUAUUGACGGGUACGAAAUAUAUUGUUCGCGGUGAUAUUUUUGAAGACGUUGGUGUCAGUAUUAAUCCUGCUUUAGACGUGGGUCAGGUAGAAGGAGCAUUCGUCCAAGGCCUGUCUCUGUGGCUGAUUGAAGACGCCAUCUACAACCGGCACAAUGGGGAGAUAUAUACUGAUCGUACGUGGAAUUAUCACAUCAUGGGUGCCACGGAUAUUCCGAAUGAUUACAGAGUUUAUUUUAGUAGAAACAGGCCUAAUCCAGUGGGAAUAUUGGGGUCUAAAGGUAAAUAA